AUGUCCGAACAGAAGCAGAACCAUGAUAACCUGACGGUUCCUCAAAGUACCGAGCCCAAGGCGAGAUAUGAUAUUGAGCCAGAGCACACGGAUGAAGCCAGCCAGAGGUUAUCGAUAGACAGCAAGAUGUCCUGGUCACAUGACCAUGGAAAGGAACUCUCAGCCCUACCAGAUCCAGAAACGUUCCGCAGGUACUCUACAAGCCCGUUCCAGAAUGGGAGGGCGUCGCCAUUACCAGGGGCAGAGUACUCUCCGCCGAUAUUACAGAGUCCUCAAAAGAAGGGAAAACUGCUGGCAUUAUGGCAGACCAACAAGGGCGUCGUCUUGGUGGCCUUGUCGCAACUCUUCGGUGCUCUGAUGAACCUUACAGCACGGCUCCUUGAGCUCGAAGGCGAAGGGAUGCACCCACUCCAAGUGCUUUUCGCUCGGCAGAGCGUCACGAUGGUGUGUUGCUGUCUCUACAUGUACUACAUGAAGACGCCCGACUUCCCAUUUGGAAAGAGAGAAAUCAGGUGGCUGCUCAUAGCUAGAGGCGUGACGGGCUUCUUCGGCAUCUUUGGCAUGUGGUACUCGAUGAUGUACCUCCCCCUCGCUGAGGCCACGGUCAUCACCUUCCUGGCACCCAGUGUCGCCGGCUAUGUGUGCUACCUCGCCCUCCGCGAACCGUUUACCCGAAACGAGCAAAUCGGCACCGUGAUCGCCUUCUUCGGCGUCGUCCUCAUCGCCCAUCCGACCUCGCUCUUCUCCGGAGACUCGACGUCCACGGCCGCCGCUACCGCGCCGGAAAUCCCGGGCCCGAAUAAUGGGACGAUGACGUCGACGCUACCGGGAUUGAACCACCAGGCUACGACGGCGGAGCGAUUGACAGCUAUCGCGGUUGCGAUAGUGGGUGUAUUCGGCGCCGCGGGGGCGUUUACGACAAUCCGAUGGAUCGGGAAGCGGGCGCACCCGCUGAUCUCAGUGAAUUACUUCGCAACGUGGUGCACCAUUGUCUGCACCCUUGUGCUCACCACCGCGCCCAUGCUCGAGAUUGGACAGCCCGCGCUGCGAUGGGGCCUGCCGCAGACGGGACGGCAGUGGCUCUUCCUCGUGCUGCUGGGCGUGUUUGGGUUCGUCAUGCAGUUCCUCCUCACGGCAGGGCUCGGCACGGAUCGGUCGAACAGGGCGAAUGCCAUGGUGUACACGCACAUGCUCUUUGCGGCUGGGUUCGACCGCUUCAUCUUCGGGAACGUCAUGGGGUGGAUGAGCCUCGCGGGCUGCGGGCUAAUCAUAGGAAGCGCAAUGUGGGUCGUACUGACGAAGAGGACACCGGCGCCGAAGAGGGAGGUCGUGGCGGAUGUGGAGGUUGCCAACGUCCGAGAUACGGAGGCUGUACCGAUGUUGGCGGAUAUGGAUGGUGGACGGGAUGAGGAUUUUGAGCUUCAGAGGGUGAGGUGA